CUCGCGAUAGUUGCGGCGGGAGCGGAGGGGCCGGGGCGGCGGCGGGGAGCGGGCGGCGGCGAGGACCCUCGGGCGGGGCGGGGCGCCCAGCGGGCGGAUCGUCCCCCGCGCUGCUGCAUGUGAGGCGCGGGGCCGCGCCUCGGAGCCAGCCGCGCCGCGGGAGCGCGUCCUGCGCGUAGCCCAGCAUGGAAGCCAUCGCCAAGUACGACUUCAAAGCCACCGCGGACGACGAGCUCAGCUUCAAGCGCGGCGACAUCCUCAAGGUUUUGAAUGAAGAAUGCGAUCAGAACUGGUACAAGGCAGAGCUCAAUGGAAAAGAUGGCUUCAUUCCUAAGAACUACAUAGAGAUGAAACCACAUCCGUGGUUUUUUGGAAAGAUUCCCCGAGCAAAGGCUGAAGAGAUGUUGGGCAAACAGAGACAUGAUGGUGCCUUCCUCAUCAGGGAGAGUGAGAGUGCUCCUGGGGACUUCUCCCUCUCCGUCAAGUUUGGAAAUGAUGUGCAGCACUUCAAGGUGCUUAGAGAUGGGGCUGGCAAGUAUUUCCUCUGGGUGGUGAAGUUCAAUUCUUUGAACGAGCUGGUAGAUUAUCACAGAUCCACAUCUGUCUCCAGGAACCAGCAGAUAUUUCUCCGGGACAUUGAGCAGGUGCCGCAGCAACCAACGUUCGUUCAGGCCCUGUUUGACUUUGAUCCCCAGGAGGAAGGAGAGCUGGGCUUCCGCCGCGGAGACUUUAUCCAAGUCCUUGACAAUUCUGACCCCAACUGGUGGAAGGGAGCUUGCCACGGACAGACGGGCAUGUUUCCACGCAACUAUGUGACCCCAGUGAACCGGAACAACUAGCGAGGGGUAUUAGAGAUUAUUUAAAGAAGCCAGAGAAGCAGUAAACACCCAUACAGAGCCUAACUGCAGCCCGUGACCCCCAGUCACACGGCGGUAAAGCCCGAGUCACCUUCCCCGUGAGGUGAUCCUCCUUCAGUCAGUAUGGAACUUUGGGGGCGGGGGGGAACAGUUCGACUUACACACCAAAACUUAUCUUAAAAAAGAAAGAGAGAGAAAAAAAAAUGAGAAUUGCCAAUUUCCUCAGCUGCUCCUGGGUUGCCCCUUUCGUUCGCUCUUCUUGUUUCCCCUCCUCUGUCCAUCAGUGCAUGACGUUUUAAUGCCAUAUAAAGUCCUAGCCAUGCAGUAAAGGAAAAGGGAGAAACUCUGCUGGUAUUUUCUCUCUCUGCAAACGGUCUUCAUUUGCCAUGAAAGGACUCGAGAGAAGAACCAAAUCCACAGUCCUGCCUUUAAAAAACAAACACAAAUCAUCAGCCUCUGCUUUUGCCUUCAACAUUCAGCUCUUCUUGCCUGGGAAAGAUGAGGUGGUAAUCUAAUUUAUAUUGUCUCUUCUCCUUUGGCGCUUUCUGCUGAAGCUCAGCAGCUCCCAGGCAGGGGAAGGGAGAAGAGUUGUGUGGCUUUUUGUUCUGUUUUGUUUCUUUUGAGUCACAGAGCCGCUUUGAGAACCUCCAGCAUACAUUGAAUCGGUUUGUGCUGUGCUGACAGCUCUUUUGUUUUCCUUAAAGGUGUACGGUUGAGCACAUUCUGUCAGUUUUUCAAUAGUGCCUUUCCCUUUUUUUCUUUUUAUUGUUUUUUGUUUUGGUUUGUUUUUUUUAAGUUAAAAGGACAGUCCAGAGCUUUUCAGAGGGGUUUUUCUGCCUAUGUGUAAAUAAAUACUUUGAGGGAAGGGUGUAAAGAAGGAGGCUUUUAUCGGUGGACAUGUGAGAAAAAUCAACACACAGGUGGAGCUUUAAUCUUAAGAUUUGUGCUAGUGUUCAACUCCCCUUGUGCCAGGGAAAGUCAAAGCAAGGCGUUCGGGUGCAGCUUCAGCCACUCAGAGGUGCGGAGCUGCAACUGGGAGCCUCGACGGAAGAGAAAAGGGGGAAACUGUGACCAGGGAAAAUGAGAAGGGGUAUUUUGGGGAGGGAAGGUUCGGGGGGGGAAUUUGGGAAAUAAUUGCCCUGAGAUGUCCUGUAAAAUGUACAUUCCUGUGAUGGAGAACUUGAUAAUGCAGAGAAACCUCAAGAAAUAGUGCUUGAACAAACGUUCUGCUCUUAGUGAAUGUUUCUGCGAGAUGCAUGUGGUCAGCCUGUCUCCUGGCCCGGAAAGGGACUAUUGCGGUUGUGUUGCUCUUGGAGCGGGGUUGCCGUCACCGUGCCCAGCUCCCCCACCGUGGGUCUGCGUUGCUGAACAGUUGAUUCCCCCCUGCUCUCGCUCACGCUGGUGCUGUGGUGGCCAGGGGCUCCUCCACCAGAGCGCUGUGACCCGGGAUCGGGCGGGAAGGCAGCAGUCGCACCGUACUGCGCUCUGUGCCAAUCUUCAGUUGCAUUCUUUUCCCUUUUGGCGGCCGUGUGGUUGGACCCCUUCACCCCGACGAAUCCCAGACGGCAGUGGAGAUCUCCUCCCGCCCCGCCACGGCUCAGCGAGCAUUUGUGGAAGGGUGCCUUUUUUGUACUAAGCGUUACAAACAAUUUACUCCUGAGAUGGACUCUGCCUUACACUUUGAUUUCCAGCAGAUGCCAGAGAGAGCUGUCCUGUAGAGAAUUCCUUUCUCCCUCUCCUUGCUAGCUGUCACUUUCUUCCUUCUUUGUAAAGUGAUUGGAAAAGGAAUCUAUGGCAUUCGACACCUGGACCAUUUGAUUGUUUCCUUAUUUUGGAAUUGGUGUAUAUCAUGCAGCCUUGCAGACGUAUGUCUUGUGUGUGUAUAUAUAUUAAAAAAAAUCAGUGUUUAAAUAAAAAAAGGCCUAUGUACUUAAUCCUUUAACUCUGCAGCAGCAUUUGGUAGAUAGUAAUUAACUGUGAAUAAUAAAUAUACAUUGAAUUCUUCA